CUUUGCUGCUGAGGCGAGAGGCGGAGAGGCGCCCAAGAUGGCCCCUGCUGCAGAGGCGGCCGUGGCAGCAGCAGAGGGCCGGAGGGCGGAAGGGAAGGCCGCGGCCGGCCGGCUCCUGCUGCUGGGGGACAAGGAGGAGGAGGGCGCGACGGCCCCGUCCGUGGCCCGCAGCUGAGAGGAGCUGCCGCCGCCGCCACCGCCACCGCCGUGAGGUCAUAUUUCACACUAUGUGCUGACUGUCUGUACUUACAGAAAAUAUUUAAAAACAUUUUUUUUCAAAAAAAAGUUGAUUCCAGUGGAAUCUGUGCUUUAGAUUUUGUCUUGUGAAGUAACGCCUGAAGAAAUGCCUGUACAAGCUCCACAAUGGACGGAUUUUCUUUCCUGCCCUAUUUGCACACAAACAUUCGACGAAACAAUCCGGAAGCCUAUCAGCCUGGGCUGUGGCCACACAGUAUGCAAGAUGUGCCUGAACAAGCUCCACCGGAAGGCAUGCCCCUUCGACCAGACCACUAUCAAUACAGACAUCGAGCACCUUCCUGUGAACUCAGCCUUGCUGCAGCUUGUGGGUGCUCAGGUGCCAGAACAGCAGCCAAUAACGCUCCGUAGUGGCGCUGAAGAUACCAAGCAUUAUGAGGAAGCCAAGAAAUGUGUGGAAGAACUAGCCUUGUACCUUAAACCACUCAGCAGUGCAAGAGGUGUGGGACUGAACAGCACCACUCAGAGUGUACUCAGUCGCCCCAUGCAAAGGAAACUUGUGACAUUGGUCCACUGCCAGUUAGUGGAGGAAGAAGGGCGGAUCAGGGCUAUGCGUGCAGCACGAUCUCUGGGUGAAAGAACUGUCACGGAGCUCAUUCUUCAGCACCAGAACCCCCAGCAACUUUCUUCCAACCUCUGGGCUGCAGUGAGGGCCAGAGGCUGCCAGUUCCUUGGACCAGCAAUGCAAGAGGAAGCUCUCAAGUUAGUUCUUUUGGCUUUGGAAGAUGGAUCUGCUUUGUCUCGGAAAGUCUUGGUUCUCUUUGUGGUACAGAGGUUGGAGCCACGAUUUCCUCAGGCUUCUAAAACCAGCAUUGGGCAUGUUGUCCAGCUUCUAUACAGAGCCUCCUGUUUCAAGGUGACUAAACGAGAUGAGGAUUCCUCCCUGAUGCAGUUAAAGGAGGAGUUCCGAACCUAUGAAGCUCUGAGACGAGAACACGAUUCCCAGAUUGUGCAAAUUGCUAUGGAGGCUGGUUUGCGCAUUGCCCCAGAUCAGUGGUCUUCAUUGCUAUAUGGAGACCAGUCCCACAAAUCCCACAUGCAGUCAAUUAUUGACAAGUUGCAGACCCCAGCCUCUUUUGCACAGAGUGUUCAGGAACUAACUAUCGCUCUCCAGAGGACCGGUGACCCAGCCAAUCUGAACCGGCUUCGACCCCAUCUAGAACUCCUUGCAAAUAUUGAUCCCAGCCCAGAUGCCCCACCACCCACCUGGGAGCAGCUUGAGAAUGGACUUGUCGCUGUGCGGACUGUGGUACACGGGCUGGUUGAUUACAUCCAAAAUCACAGCAAGAAAGGAGCAGACCAGCAGCAGCCUCCUCAACACAGCAAAUAUAAGACAUAUAUGUGCCGAGACAUGAAGCAGAGAGGAGGUUGCCCCCGUGGGGCCAGCUGCACCUUUGCACACUCGCAGGAAGAACUAGAAAAAUUUCGUAAGAUGAACAAACGUCUGGUUCCUCGAAGACCCCUGAGUGCCUCCUUAGGCCAGCUGAAUGAAGUGGGCCUAUCGGCAGCAGCUAUCCUCUCAGACGAAGGGAGCAUGGACUUGCCCAACAGAAAACCCUCUGCCUUGCCAAAUGGGAUUGUUUCAACAGGCAGCGCAGUUACACAACUUAUCUCUCGCGGAACCGACUCCAGUUAUGAUUCAGCCUUGAAGCCCGGGAAAAUUGACCAUCUUAGCAGCAGUGCCCCUGGGUCACCUCCUGACUUGCUGGAGUCCGUUCCCAAGAGUUCUCUAUCUGCCUUACCCGUGAACUCUCACCCAGUGGCCCCCCGAGGACCUCCAGACCUGCCUCCAAUAUCUGUUGGGAAGCAACUCCAAAUGGUGCCACGAGGCUCCCAGUUGUAUCCAGCUCCACAAACAGAUGUGUUCUACCCAGAUCCUCGGGGAGCAGGUCCACCAUUUGAAUCUCCACCUUACCAAUCAGGUGUGUAUUAUCCUGCAGCUCAGCCUUCGCAGUGUAUGUCUCGAUUUGUCCGACCUCCGCCGUCUGUUCCUGAACCAGGCCCUCCUUAUUUAGAACAUUACCCACCAUACCUCCAGGACCGCAUGGUGAAUUCUCAGUACAGUGCGCAGCCCCAACAAUAUCCUCCUAUGGGACAACCCAUGUACCCUCCACAUUAUGACAGCCGGCGCAUGUACCCCCCUCCCCAGCCGUACCAGAGGGAAGAAAUCAUCAGAGGAAGCCCUGUGCCCAUCGAAAUUCCUCCACCAGCUGUGUCUCCAUAUGUACCUGAAACAAGAGACAGAUAUCCGCAGAUGGAAGGCUACUAUCCAGUUGGUCCACAUCUGAGUCAGAUCAGACCUUCAUAUCACAGGGAGCCUUAUAGCCGGCCUCCCCCUCAGCCUCAUCCCAGUCUAGAUGAUUUGCACCGACGACGAAAGGAGAUCAUGGCCCAGCUAGAGGAAAGGAAGGUCAUCUCCCCACCUCCCUUUGCACCAUCACCAACUCUGCCUCACUCUUUACACACUGAUGAGUAUAUAGAUGAAGAUAUGAAGGUAGCUGGCAAAUACAAAGGAAAUGAUUACAGCCAGUACUCUCCCUGGUCAUGUGAAACCAUUGGCUCCUACAUUGGAACCAAAGAUGCAAAACCCAAAGACACAGCAGCAGUGGGACUUGUUGAGAUGGGGAACGUGGAUAGCAAGGGGAUGCGAGACCAGCGUUUGGAUUUGCAGAGGAGAGCAGCAGAGACUGGUGAUGAUGAUCUUAUUCCAUUUGGAGAUCGACCUACGGUAUCAAGGUUCGGUGCCAUCUCACGUACAUCUAAGGCGAUGUAUCAGAACCCUGGUCCCAUGCAAGCCAUGGCAGUUCAAGGGGCAUCGACAAAGCCAGGCAACAUUUCAGAUUACAGCCCUUAUGAAACACACAGUGCAUGGGGAGGUUCGCCAUAUUCACCCCAUCAAAACAUACCUUCUUCUCAGGGACGCCCUAGUGACAGGGAGAGAUUGUCUAUGACAGACGUGGCUGGCCAUGGGAAGCCUUUGCCCUCAUCUGAGAGGGAACAGCAGCUUCGACUUGAACUGCAGCAGCUAAACCAUCAGAUUAGCCAGCAGACACGAGGACUGGAGGCUGUUAGUAACAGGCUGCUGUUGCAGAGGGAGGCGACCCCCUUGGCAGGCCAGCCGCAGCCCCCACCUCCUAAGUGGCCUGGAAUGAUCUCAAGUGAACAGCUGAGCUUGGAGCUGCACCAGGUGGAGAGGGAGAUCGGGAAGAGAACCCGGGAGCUGAGCAUGGAGAGUCAGUCUUCAUUGGAAGUGAAAAGCAAAGUGAGUGCCAGUAAGCAGACAGAAAAUGGACAGCAAAGCAAGGUACCAGCUGAGGAUGUUGCACUUACAUUCAGCAGUGAUGUUCCAAAUGGAGCAGCUCCAGCGCAAGAAAGCAUUGGCCUCCUCUCCAGCAAAACUGCAGCUCUGAGCUUGUCGGAAGAUACUGAAGCGGGAGGAGGCGACUUGGAUGCCCAGAGGACAGGAGCAACACCUACAUCUGCUCCCUGAAGGAACAAAAGCACCUCUCCAUUUCCGUCUGGGGUCACCUUCACCCCUCCUUGGGAUAUAAUGGGAGACACUGAGCAAGAGCUGCAACAAUGGCAGGUCCUGAGACAAUGUGCACAACACCACUACUAGAACAAACCCUGCACAUAGUUCACAUUAACACAUUUUUUAAUUAAAAAAAUGAAAAUUAGCAGUAUCUGCAAGCAACUCAGAUUAAAUUUGUUUUUGUUCUGUGAAUGAACUUUAUUUUAAUAACUUUGGAUGCCUUGAAUGCCAGGGCUUUAAAAGAAACAGAUAUUAUAUAUAUAAAUAUAUAUACACACACUCUGUUUGAUUAAUUGUAUGAUCUUAAUGAGGUAGGUUUUCUCUUUUAUUUUGGUAUUAUUACAUACCCAGUGUAUAAUUUCCUCUUUUCUUCUCCCUUCAAAACAGUCUCACUCACCACUGCUUUGUGUGAGUUUGAAAAGAAAAUAGGAAGUGUUGCAAUGGAGGAGGAAGCUCUCAAUUGCCUUGUCAGAAAAUGUGUUGCAGAGUUUCUGAAAGUAACUCUCUUUAAGCAUGCUAGUACAUCACCGUUAUCCAUUGUAUUUUUCUAAGCAUGGUAGGUUUUUAACUUCAGUUUGUAAAGCAUGUAAAGCAUUCAUCACCUCAACAAGCAGAUCUGUUUACAUGAAUAAGAAUGAAAUAGCUGUUCCAUUUCUGGUGAGGCAGCAUAAAUUGGCUAAUACUGAUUGAUCCCAGCACGCUCGAAAGGCAGCCAUUGCAGAUUAAAAACAACGCCUAAACUGCAGUGUAGAAUGGCUUCAGUUGUCAGAGAUGGGUUAGGUUGAGAAAUUUGGGUCUCUCUGCUUCUUUGUCAGGUCUAAAGCACAACCUCUGUGUUAACUUUUGUUUCUGGGAAGGAUGGGGACUGCAUGAUAUCCUAAUGCAGGGAAAGCUGCUGCAUCUGCCCAAGAUGAGAACUGUAGAAGUUAUAGUUUGGGUGGGAUGGAGAGAAGCAAGAAGACAGGAAGUGCAGGCCCUUUACUUUGUGUUUCCCUCUGCAUCUUUAUUGCAUCCGAAGCUGCUUUUGGUUGUCCCUGGUCUGUCUUGGGAGGGGAAGUUGCCUAUCCCUGCUGUAUUCAGUCUCUGAAAGUGAAGGCUUCUCUGAGUAAUGGGAGAGAUUGACAAGAUAAUAGAACUCCUUAGAUUUACUUUCAGCAACUCUGUCUCAACAGCAACACCCUUCAGGAUCUAGAGGGGAUGAAAACCUUUCUUCUUGCUGCAUACAUCAUUGCAUUUAAGAUUGUCCUUAAAAUGCCACUGUUGCAGGCAGUGGUCUUACUUGUGCUGUGCAUAAUUUGACUUCCUCCUCUUUCCCUCCAAGUUAUAUGUAGGUAGAGAUGCUCCGAGUGGAAACCAUUGCAAAAGCUCCCACACAUCUCUUAAGCCUACUUCUCCCAUAUGGAUUAGACUACUAAAACUCAGAAAGCACUGGUUAUGUAAUAAGUUGAAGCAUUGCUUUGGUUGGGUAAAAGCAGAAGUUUAUUAAUCUUGUUUUAGGUUGUUUUUCUUCCCUUAAACCCUUGUUGAGGUCAUAGCAACCUUCAGCUAUUUUGCAUCUGUCUUACUGUUACAUUGAACAAAAUGGGGGGAUACAGCCCCCCUGUUGCCUACCAGUAGGAGAGUCCAAGCAGAAGACUCUGUUGAGUAGCGAUUAUUUAAUUUGCCCAGUCAAGGCACCGCAUUUAUAUACUAUUUCACAUUGAAUUUGAUUAUGCCCUACAGACCUGGCUGGCCAAAAAUUUGAUACAUGUAUUGGCUUGGGAUUCGAGCAUUCAUUUUUUUAUUUAAAUAAAAAUUAUCUAUAUAUGUAUGUAUAUAUACACAUAUAUGUAGUUAUAUCUGUAUAUAUAUUGGGUAUGUUUUAAGAAUUUUUUCACAUGAGUGCAGCUGUUAUAAAACAUCUGGGAGGUAGAGGCACUGAGAAAAUAUAUCUCAAAGGCAUUUUAACAAUCAUCUUCAGCUUCUCUUAACUUCACACACCACUCUAUCAGAAUUUUAACAUGAGAAUUUUUUUUCUCCUUUUGCACUACCUUUCUUUCCCCUGGCCCUGCUUUCCACUGAAGUCUAGAUAGAAAUACUUUCUUUUCUUGAUGAAAAUUGUUCACUUGAGGGAGCCCAUCACACCUUUCUGCUUUUCCUGGUGCGGUAAAGCAAGAGUAAUAUCAGGAGAGCACUGAAACAAGCUAACUUUGCUUGUAAGUACUAUUAUUCUUAUUUCUCACAACACAGGAACUCCUUUGAAUGAAUCAGGUCUAUGAAGGGCCUAGCCCAAAAUAUCAUCUUUGUUUGCAAGAAAACAAAAUUUAGUUAACCUUGUACAUAAAUUAUGUAGCAAUCUUUUAAAGACUCCCCUCCAGAGAGAGCCUAACUUAGAAAAAGAGAAAAAUUGGCUUUCUGUUAGAAUAAUUUCAUCUACAGAAAAUUUUCUAACUUCAGGGAAGAGAGACUUCAGCACUUCUCAGUCAUUUUAAUGUGCAUACUGUGAACAUGCAUAAAGGGCAGGAGUGGAGUACCUCUGGCCCAUGGGUCAAUUUGGGCUUGUCCAAGAUUCUAAUUUGGCCCAUGAGACUAUAUUUCAUAAAGCACACCCACUUGACAAUCAAGUGACGUCACUCUGGUGAGCAGGUGGCGUCACCUGAUAGGAGGUGGACCUCCGUCCUGCUUGGUGCCGCUGUGUUGACUGGUUUCUGCUUCACCCUCUGCAGGCAACCAGCACAGGCAGUUGAUCUUUGCAGAAAGCAGGACAACCCCCACCCAGCCGACAGCUGCACGCAGAAAGCCUGCAGAAGGCGAGGUGGGACUACUGCUGCAUCAGCUGAUGUGUUGCUCACUAUCUUUUUGCACCUCUGUGGGCCAACUUUGACAGGAGGGUGGGUGGCCUCGCCCACUUGUCCGCGUUGGCCCAAGGGGAGGGAGAGAGAAGGAUCCGCCUCACUGGGCCAAAAAGAUGGUUCACCCUUGGUAUAGGGGAGCAGCAUCAUGGCGGCAAGUCCAGCCACCCUGAUCUACGUGCAUUCACUAGUCUGUGAAAUUUGCCCACGGGGGUACAAAGUGUAUAUGGCGAGGCUUGUCUGUUUGCUUAGGGACAUUGCAAAAAGCAGUUUGUACAGAGGCUUAAUCACCCUGCCAUGGGUGUAUUCAUUGAGCACGUGGAAGAAUGGGCAGAACAUGAGGAAAAUGCCAUUGCUGAUACUGAGAAGCUUCUACUAUAAAAGUACACGCUCUGAAUGUGAGCUUAAGAAUUAGAUCUCUCAAUAUUUGUGUCAUCCCCCCCACCCAGGCUGUACUCUGUGCACAGUGUCCUAUCCAGGUUAAUGUCCUGUUUGCACAAGCAAAGGUUUUUGUUUAAUCUUUUCAAACCACAUUGAUCUUGGCUGAGUUUCCUGUUUCCCUCAUUUUUUGGUGCAAAGAUUUACUCAACAAAGGUGAGCACAUAAGGAAUUAGGAAAAGGCUUUAAGUUUUUCAGUGACUUUUUGGUGAAGUGUACUGGCUUUCAAGUAGAAGAAUCUAAUUCUGUAGUUCAUCUAGUUUGUUCCUUUAUAAUUAGUUUUCCUAAAUUAGUUUGCUAGGACUUUUCAGCACUAUUUAAGGUAAGGAGCUGGUUGGCAGUGAAUCCUUCCUUCUUUGUAAAGGAGACAUAGAAAAUAUUGAAACCUGAGAAAUAUCUAUAUUCUAGGGGCAUUCAAAAAGCUCUUUUCUGAAUCUUUUGAGCUUGGAGAUUCAUAAGCUUGAGAAAUAGAGAGACGUCUGCUGGUGUUGCUGUUUCACCAGUGGACUAGUUCCCGCCCCCCUUUCAUACGGUUUCUCUCUGUUUUAAGAGAAACAUCAUAACACACUGGGCUUUAAACUGUCCAUGGGAUCCAGACUCCACUUCUCUUGACGCUAGCUUUGUAACCUUUGUACUCUGGAUGCCUUAUAGCAAUGAGGAAAUAGGCAAACAGACAUAGAUGUAUUUCACAAUAGUCAACAAACCUUUACAGCCUCCUCCUCCACUGUUCCUGUAUACUGUGCUUAAGUUUUGGCUUAUUUUUCUCUGAUACAUUUAGCAUACAAUUUUAAUAGCUGUUAUUAAUGAUCAAUUCUGUAGAUUACUCCUUUCUUUCCACUUUGUUGUUUACAACACCCUGUUCACUUCAAACCUUAUUAGAACAUUUUGAGCUGGAUGUCCUUUGUUGCCCUAGGUAACCUUGGCGGUUAGAGCAAAAUUUAAUUCCGUAAAAGGUUUAUGAAGGAUUGACAGGAUAACUUAAAUGCUUUUUGCAGUACCCAUUCUAAUUUAACUGCUCUAGCUUCUUCUGCUUCUGUUCCUUUUCCUUCUGUAGAUGUGCCUGUCACCCUCCCUGAUCAUGCACCAGUCAAAAGCUUGCUGCCUCAAAAUAGAGCAUUCAAAUGAAUUCGCUUAGCCAAUAACUUCUGUGAAGUUGCCUUUUUCUAAUGGUGUUAUUACUCAGUGAUGCACAAACGUGAUAUUGCCCCUACUGGUAGGCAAAUGGGGGGUCUGUAUAAAUGUGGGAAAUACCUUUUUUUGGUUUUGUUUUUUUUGGUUUUGUUUGCUUUUUGUUCAAGGAGAGCCAAAGACUUGUGCUUUACUCUUGGGUGUUGGUUUUUUGGGGUGGGGUGGGGGUGGGGUAUUUUUAUUUUAUUCAUCCUACUGGUUUAGCCAGUUUUUAUUGAACUUGGUUUCUGUGUUUUCAGCUCUUAACACUGGUAAAUAUGUCUAAAAGCUUAUGACUGUUGAGCCUUACAAAAAUACAUUCAGUGAUGAUAAAUUAUUAGAUUUUGGAAGUGGUGUGUUUAAGCCUCAUUAAAUUUGCAGCCAUUUAUAUAUCCCCUUUUCUAUUUUUUUUAAUGCUUGAAUACUCUCCCAUCACACAUCAAGUUACAAUUUGCAACAAAAAAGGGCUUAUGAAAAAGUUAUUGUUUACUGUCAUUAUUCCUGCUUGAAAUUUUCUAUUGAGGUCUAGUAAAAAUAAAUAUAAGGAAGCUUGAAGAAUUUUAGUAGAAGUAGCACCAGAUGUAGUUAAAUGCAGAAGCAAAUGCAUGCCAACACACUGCACAGGUAGCUCUGUGGUACUUGGCUGCAGAAAGUGUAUUGAGUUGUAUCUUAGACACAUUAUACCAUUUUUCUGCAUGUCCAAAGCUAUAUAGAAGCCUCUUUCAUUCUGACCAAUUAAUACAUGAAUCCAUAAAGACAAGCAUAUGUAAUCCAAAAGCACUUGGUUUCAUAGUUCUACUAACUAAGCAGGCAUGGGCUUUUUAAAAAUAAAUGGCCUCAAGGAGGUCACUCUUCAGUCAUUUCCCCGUAUCUCAUCAGUAUGUUCAUAGUGAAAUUUACAUUAUGUUCUACGCAUUUGCAAAUAUUUCUGUCUAUGGAAGGGAACUUUUUCCAGCGCUAGAUUUGCCAAGUUGUAUUCUUGAGAUCCAACCUGUUCAUUUAAGAUCUGGAGGCAGCAGAAGAAAUUAUACCACAGAUGCAUCUCCCAUCCCGAGCCUCUCAUCUGGCCCCAUGCCCUGCCUGUUGUUAUAAACAGACUACAGUUUUAGCUUACAUGGAAGUGGAUGGUAGGCAAGUAGACCAGUGGAAGGAAAGCUAGCAGCUGCAUACUCAGACUAUCUAAAGGGGCAGACAGGAUCACCUAACUGUGGUCCAACAACCCCAGAUACUUGCUUGGCACAGUGUGUCUUGUGAAGUACGAAAUUGAUUAUGAAUGGCAGAUUCAACUACCUGGUUCUGUUAACCAAAGCCAGGGCACGUUAGUGUCAUGAGGCUUCCUUCCCCCUGCUCCUUCCUCCAACCAGCUCUGGAGGGUUGAGAGAACCCCUAGAAGAGUCUGCAGGGGAGGAAAAGAAGCCCUUAGGCAGGCAGAAAGAAAUGCUUGCGUUGAUGGAACAAUCGCCUUAGUGCUGCACUGAAUUCCACCCCCUAUAGGAAAGUGAAUGACUAAUACCAGCAGUUGACUCCAUCUUAUGAAGCAAAUCUGUGUACUGACUUGCUCUAGAAAGAACUUAAAAAGGUAUAUCAGUGGCCUCAUUCAGACAUAGUGCUAAACUAUGUUUAGCAUUACAAGAAAAAGCCUGUGUAAGCCUUGAGUUUGCAUUCUCCUGGGAACAGCUGCAAAGAGGCAUUCAAAAGCUUUCAGUUUUAGAUUAACUGCAUCAUGCCAUGAAGUUCUGUGCAGAGUAGACCCACUGAAAUUAAUGGACCUGACUUUGUCCUAUUAUUAUUUUUUAAAUGUUUUUAUUUUAUUUUAUUUUAUUUUAUUCGUAAGACUAAUGAACAUCAUAUUUGCAAAACAGGACCUGUAAAACACCUAAGUUGGAAUUUCCAUAGUAGCAGCUUACACAAUAACUGAUUUGGUAUUAGGCCAAUGUAACAUACAAAAUCAUAAAAGCAUAUGACAAACGGAUCAAACUAGAAAUAAUAUAUACUAAAUCACAAUACACACAGAAAAUGGGAAAACCCCCAAAAUAUAGUGCAAAUUCUUAAGUAAUGCUUUGAGAUGGAUGGAAGUAAUAAAAAUAAUUAAACCUUUAUUCAAAAUAUUCAUAUAACUAUAACACCACCUAGUGGCAUAAGGAUUAUUUUUUCCACAGAUGAGCCUUGUUCACCAAGAGAAGGGGGUUAGGGAACCAUACAGUAUGAGGAGUGGGUGGCAGAAGAUUCCCAUGUCUGGCUAUACUCAUAAAAUCUAUUGUCAACCCAAAUUGCAGUGAAAUCAUCUUUUAAAAAAUUGUCCUUGUGUAAUUCUUCUAAUAGUGCAUUAAAUUUAAUGAAUUUAAGUAAAUCUUAGUAGAAUAUCACCCCAUGUUGUCUGCACCAAGAAAAAGUGCUUAAUCUUAACUUUCUUUUCUUACCCCUUUUUUUGAGACAAGCCAGCUUCAAGCCAUAGUUUAGUAGCCAGGCUUCUGUCGUUGAAUCAUAGUUAAGUUUAAUUACUGUAUACGGUUUGGACAAGCGAUAAACUGGCUCAUCUGAAUGGGAAGAAUAAACUUCUAGUCAUCUCCUUGCCACCAUUCUGGAGGAGGAAUUGAGUACAUAAGCUCAGGAUAUGUGGAGGCUCAUUCUUGUAAUGCAAAGGUUUAGCUUGAUAGGGUCCAGUUAACACAGGACUCUAUAUCUCAGUGUAAAACAAACUGGUUUUGUGUGAAUGAGGAGCAGGGCAUUGCAUGUUGCUCACAAGUUCCAGUGGCACUUCUCCCUGCUUCUGUCGCCACACCACAGAUAAAACAAGCCAGAACGUGGCUGGUCAUGUUCUCUGAACCCAGCCUGUGGUUUGUUUACUCCAAACCAUGAGCUGUAACCAAGACUGGUUCCAGGCUUGCCACUCGCGGUUUAUUUGGAGGAAGCAAACCACAAGCCCAGGUUUGGACAGUAUAACAACCCAGAGUCUGGCUUGUUUUAUCUGUGGCAGGAACACGGUAAGUAAGCAUGACGUAAUAGGGUUUUUUACAUUAUGAUUUAAUGUAAUGUGUAAACCAAGCUACUGAGAUUCUGGUACAGAAUUUCCCACCUCCAAUUCUUUUCUCCCACUCCCCUAUAUGGAAAACACAACAGAUGAAUCUUUUCAAAAUUCACAGUUGUGCUUUUAAACAGACACACUCAAAGCAAUGGCCUUGAUUGAGUAAACUAAAUUGCAUGAGAUUAGCUAUGUCCCUGCAUCACCAAAUGGUUUCUGGUGUAAUUGCUGGUCUUGGGUUGAUACGCAGCUCUGGAGGAAGGGCCCUCCAUCCUUUUCAGGAUCAAUUGCCUAAUAUUCAUCAUUUAAAUACACCAAAUUAUUUCCUGUUUCACCAAAUCAACCCAGAGACAGUUCUGUACUUAUUGAAAGGAUUGCUCACUGAGAGGACAUAUUGAUGACAUCCAAAGUAACAAGGAGAAGAAAAUGGCUCCUUUCCUUCACUGCUUCAAUGGGAUUCCUGUGGUAAACAUUGUGCUGGAUUUUCCAAUGGACUCACAGUGUUUUAAUUAUUUAUUAUGGCAAAAAAAUUGCUUUUUGAUUUCUUAAGCUACAAGCGUAAGGCUCUGGUUCUGAAAGACAGCAAACACUCUCAGCUUUCAUUAUGAUAGUAUCUUAGAAGUUCCUUAAUACCUACAGUUGCCAUUUUCUGGGUAGCUUCUGUUCUGAUGUUGCCUAUAUCUAAAUAACUUAUGUAUUUAUGACCGCCUGAUGCUUUUCUCCCCACAUACAAAAAAGUAUCUAAUUUUGGAGGCAAAAGUUUGGGGUUUUUUUACCAAAAGAAAAACAUAUGCUUAAAUGCAGAGACUCUCUCUUUCUCUUUUCUCUUUCUCUUUCUCUCUCUCUUUCUCUCUCAAAAGUAUUAGAUAUGCUGAUGUUACAUGUAUACAUAUCUUUUAUAUAUAUAAAAAACAGAAUCCUGUGGAGUAUUUGGUGUUUGCUAUAAACAAAAUUUGUUUGCUUCUGUGUAUGUUAAAGUGACUUUGGGCACCAUUUGUAAGCGGGGUUGUCUUCUACAUGCAAGUCCCAUUGAAUUCAUGGGAUGUCUGCAAGAAGACACCCCCUGUGCCCUCUUGUCGUUAAUGUUAGUUUGUUGUGGCAGACAAUACUCACAAGUCUUUGGCAUCCAAAACCAGAUUGUGUAACUGGAACAGAAUCCCACAGCUGGAUUUGGUUAGGGAGAUCCCCCUAGCUUAGCACUAGAUAAAGGCAGCUAGGAGUGGGGAGCAGGACUGGCAGUGCCCCCUUUUUUGCCGGCUGUCUUGACAGAUCACAGUUUCAGGCUCUGUACAGAUCCCUAAAUUCAGUCUCUGCUGCCUAUUGUGAGUUUACAAUUGCCUUACAGUCUCUGCUUGCUAUGUAAGCAGCCUCUUUGCUAGCCAUGGACCCCUUUCCUUCAAGGCGACCUUAUCAGCAGCAUGGUGGCAUUUUAAAAUUAGUUUUGAUGGACUUGCAGCCUUCGAUCUAGAUUUCACUCCCUGUUUUUGUUCAUCAAACCUGCCUCUCUCGCACUUCCCAAGCCAUUUCCAGUUGUGGGAUUCCUCUAUAUCUGUGUGCAUUCUUUAUGGUUGUGUGCGGGGGUGGGGUGGGGGUGUUAAGCCAAGUUUCCUUUGGUCUUUUUAGGAUUGUACCAGUCUCCCCGAGACAUUCUUAAGUCAUUAUCACCUUUUUGGGUGGAGUUCAUUUUUUAAUAACUUUUUUGACAUUUUGGUGCAUAUAUGCUUGGGAUAGAGCUCAUGUAAUUUACCAAUCGUAUUGAUUGUAUGUGAUUGUGCCCUGCAGAGGUAUAUUUAACAAGAAAUAAAAUAAAAAAAUUGUCUCAAGUGAUGCUGGUGAUAAUAAAGAAGACUCCAAGGCAAUGAG